AAGUGAGUAUACUUGUAUAUCUUUUCGAAAACAAGCUUUAUAAAACUGAAUCAUUUCCAAAAUGCCAGGAACAAAAAUUACAGAUGAAGAUCGAAAGACGAUUGGUCGAAAAUUUAUUUGUACGAGCUGUAAUUUACUACUCUCCGCUCCGAUGCAAACUCAUUGUGGUCACUUGAUGUGUUCUUCGUGUGUUGACACAAUGCUCGAGAGUUCAGACCCAAGAUGUCCUGAUGAUGGUUCAGAACUAAAAAAGGAACAGGUAUUCCCUGAUACGUUCACUAGACGUGAACUACGAGCAUUGUCGUUACAUUGUUCCAACGAAGGCUGUCUUUGGUACGGCACAUAUGAUGAUUUAGAGGCUCAUUCCCAGGUGUGUGAUCAUGCCCAGAUAAACUGUGUUCAUUCCCAAUGCAAGAUCAAGUUCAAACGCUCUCAUUUGGGUAAACAUUUGAAAAGCGAAUGUGACUAUCGCAGUGUGAAAUGUAAAUAUUGCCACAAAGACAUACCAUUUGCUUCUCUUAAGGAUCAUGUUGGUACAAGCUGUGAAAGUGCACCUGUGACUUGCAAGUUCUGUGAGCAAAACGUUUUGAGAAGAGACCUCGAAAGACACGAGCAAGUUGUGUGUGAAGAGAUUCCUGGGGAAUGCGAAUUCCAGGCCGUCGGUUGUAAUCACGACAAGACUUUAAAACGAAGGAAACUACGCCAACAUAUGAAUGAUGGUUUGAUUGAUCAUGUCCGUCUGUUGCUUCAGUUUUCUCUUAACUGGGUAUCUCAAUUGGGGAGCUACAUCCCACGACCAGAGUUCGCCGGAAUCAUUAAAAAAAUGCGCGAUGAUAUUACCGAAGUUCGCUCAGGCUUAGCCGAAAAAUUCGUCAUGUUGGUCGGGAAAUUAACUGGGUUGGAGAGACGGAUUGAAGGUUUGGAAUCCAAUGGUGGCGGCAAUGCGAGAAUGGGUGAAGAAAUCCGUAAACUGUUGGCGAAAGAUCAAAACCUUACCACUGACAUCAAUAGUUUACGGGAACGAGUUCAAAGUUUGGAGCGAGAAUUGAGAGAGAAAGAUUCACAACUUGAAAGAGUGCGAAACCGAACGGAUCAAAUUGAUGAAUCUCUUGCUCUUAAUACAGUGAAAAUUACCGAUUUGGAGUCCCAAAGAGGACCGCGGGCUCAGCAACAGAUCCAUAGCUACAAUGGUACUCUGCUUUGGAAGAUUGAAGGCUACCAGAGGAAACGACAAGAUGCUAUCAAUGGAGUGAAGACAACCUUGUAUAGUCCACAUUUCUACAGCGCUCAGUAUGGGUAUAAAAUGUGUGCAAAGAUUUACAUGAACGGAGAUGGAUUUGGAAAAGGAUCGCAUUUAUCGCUGUUUUUUGUUGUGAUGAAAGGUGACUAUGACUCCCUUCAAACUUGGCCAUUUCAGAAGAAGAUUACCAUGAUGCUCUUAGAUCAAGGUAACGGUGAUCACAUGGUCGACGCUUUCCAUUCUGAUCCUCAAAGUUCGUCUUUUCAACGCCCAAAGUCUGAUAUGAAUAUCGCCUCUGGUUCUCCACUAUUUAUGCCGAUUGAUAGUUUAAACAAUCGUCAGUACAUCAAAGAUGACGUAUUGUUCAUCAAGAUUAUUGUGGAUUAAGCAGUGUGGGGAUGUUGUCAUCCCACUGAAAAGGAGUUAAAAAGAAAAGUGGUGACAUUUUGGAAUUUUUUUCACGAGGAAAAGCGGUGACAUUUUGACAUUUUUUUCACGAGGUGUAAAAUUAAGUCAUUGGGAAACUUUGUUUUGAGAUAUCGACUUCGAGAAUGCAGGGGUAGAUAUCACGGUGUGGCUUUAAAAUUCUGUCUUCUAGUAAUUAUGAGUUCAUGGUUCUUUCCUCCACUGUUUCCUGUGUGAUUUUCAUUAGAAUUUGACGUCUGGCUAUAUUCGCAUAUUUUUCUUUUGCAUUCUUGUUCUAGAGAUGGCCCAAGCCAACUCUCAAUUCUAUUGGCCUAAUAUCCUACCUGAUGUUUACUCGUGCUCCUUGUUUCUUUUUAUUUCUGAAGACUUUCUUCACCUGUUCCUUUUUCUCGGAGGUGACUGUAAAAAUAUCAAAGUUGUUGAAAGUUGUUUAUCAAUGGGUGAGGUUGUUAUUUAUGUAAUUCCCACUUAACAUGGUGAAAAGAAAACCUCGUAACGUUGGUAUGAUUUUCAUUAAUGGAUACAUGUUGACUUGUUGGAAAUACAAAGAGUUUACAAUAUUGAUUUGAAGUCCCAGAACUUUGUAUUUCCCUAUUCAUUUUGAUGUUAUUUUCAGUUUAGUUUAUGGUAGUAGUGUGCACAGAAAGAGAUUAAAAUAUCCGGAACAUAAAAAAACUGGAAUCUGGAUUUAGAAUAGUGCAUAUUUAUUAUCAUACAAUACAACAUAUCAUUGAUAUUCAUAUUAAUGUUAAUUAGCAAUAUUGUAUUGUUGGUGUUAAUAAAAGUUAUAAAAAUUUUGUCUGCAGUGGAAAAGGUCU